CGACAACAACAACAAUAGAAAAAACACUUCCGGAUUAGAGGGAAAAAAAUUAUUAUUUAAAGAUAUCAUAAAAGUUAUAAAUGCAACAUGCCAAAAAUAGAAGUAAUAAGUAGUGAUGAAGAGGAUGAUAUAUGGGAUUACAGGUCACAGACUCAAAAAGCAAGAAACCAGAAUGACUUGGACUCAAAAAAAUCCACUGUAAGUGAAUUACAAAGAAAAAGUGAAUCAUCCAAGAAUUCGGGUAGAUCAAGGUACAGUUUAACACAGAAGAAAGUCAAAACUGAAGACGGUGGCUUUGUUACUGUAAAUAAAUCACAAAAACAAAAGAAAGCAACAGGGAAGAGAAAGACAAAGGUGAAAGUUGAAGUGAAGCCUGAGUGUACACCAAAUGCCAAACAGAAUGUUGACAGAUCAGGGAGAUGCCCAGUAUGUCAGAUGCCAUUCCUGUUGUUAAGUAUGGUUGAAACACCUAGCUGGCAUGUGGACCAAUGUUUAGAUGUUCCAUAUUCUAGUAAAAAUGAGUGUCCUAAAGGUUUGGAUUGUGACAGUGAGUUCCCAAAUCACUACAAAAAGUUUAGACAUCAGGUUAUAGCUAGGUCAAGGAGAAAAAAUGAAGUUACAAAUGAAAAAGGAAAUGUUGAAGGUGCAAAAACAAAGCUAAGUUUUGAUGGUGCAGCUGAUGACACAAAGCUUGUAUUACCUGGAAGCAGCUCAGACUGCAUCAUUAUUCUGGAUUCCAGCCAAGAUUCAAAUUUUUCACAACGUUCAAAUCAUGAUGUUGAAGAUGAAGAUUUUCCAAGUCCUAGGGAGGAUAAAACAGAGAAGAAACUGAUGAGCAUUGAUGAGGACAAAGUAUAUACUAGUAAAUCAUGUGGAACAUUUGGUAACACGAAAUCUGGAGAAGGGUCACAGAGUAAAAAGUUAAAAGGAAAGGGUUUUGAUCAGAACAAAAAUUUUCUGCAAAAUGAUGCCCACCAAGAGUUAGAAAAUGAUUUAUUUGGGACAAAUUCUGAAGAUGAAGAACAAGUGAUUGAAAUUGACUUUGAAAAUGAUAAUGCUGAGUUAGAAGAGAUGGGUACUCAUGUUGGUAUAGUGAAUGUUUCAGAUGAUAGUUGUGGUAGUGUGCAGGACAUUGAUGCAUUAGUUGAUGAAACAAGAAGUGUCUCUGAUAUGAUACAUGAUGCACUAGCUGCUGAUGAUGCAAGUGUCUCUAAUAGCAGUGAAAUUUAUCAUGAUAACAUGCAUGUGGAUAGCCUUAAAGCAUAUGAAAGUACAAGAACCAAUGUAUAUGGAAAUGAAUUUGAUGCGGAAAAUGAUACAGCUUUAGACAGGGAGCAAACUAAUAAUGAUGAUGAAGAGGAUGAUUUGAUAAGUUUGUUUACUGACAAAGAUAAGAGGAAAACUUCAGUCAAAAGUUCAAAAGAAAGUACCAUUUCUGGACUUAAGAAAACACCUAAAGAUUUUCAAGAUUCAGACUCAAGUAGUGAUUGGGAGAUAUUAAAAACUACUUUGACUCAACCAUUAUUUGAUGAAAAUGAUUAUAAAGACAUGACUGAUACCGACAAAAAUGAUUAUAAAGACAUGACUGAUACCGAGGAAAAUGAUCUAAAAGACAAGAUAGAUACUGAAGUUGAUCUAGUAGAAGACACUGCACUAAUGUAUGCAGCAUCAAUUAAAACACCAAUUAAAACUUCUGAUAAAGCUGUAACCAAUCAGCACAAAGAUAAAGAAGGUAUAGACGGUAAUCACAUUGAAGAAAGUAAAGUUCCAAAGAAAGGGUUCUUUGCAACAAAAAUGCUUCAAAAUGCCAACAAGAAUAAAUCUAAUAACAAGUGUAUAAAUAAACUUUCAAAAAGAAAAGAUGACAUACAUAGGUCUGAUGAUAGUUCACUGGAAAGUAAUCAGUUAAAAGAAGAAUGCAUAAGAGAAAAAAGAACAUAUGAAAGACAGAAAAUGUGUACAGAAGAUAUAGAUUCCAAAAAUAAAGUAAAGAAUUCACAUUUAAAAAGAAAAUCAACAGAUCAGCUUGAAAUAAAUAUUGACAGUGUAUCUCAGAAGGCACCACUUUCAGCAAAAUUUAGAAAUCAAAAUUCUGAAAAUUUAGAGAGUGCUUCUGCAUGUGUUCCAGAGACAGAUAAAAAAGGACAUUUAACACCUAACAAGGUGGAAACAUAUAAAACAGAAGUCAUUGAAAAGAAACCAAAAAUAGAGCUGAAGCCAAAAACUCCUUCCAAGAGGAAGAAAGGCAGAAAAGACCAGAAAGACAUUAAUGUUUCUAAAAAGAAAGGAAGUAAGAAGGUUUACCCAAAACUUGAGUCUUUUUUCAAACUCGAGAAAGGUUGUAAGGAUGUACAAGUAUCAAUUCAAACAGACAGUGAAAGCAGUGGUGAUUGUGAAAGAUUUAAUAAAAUAGGGAAGUUUGUAAAAUGUUGUGAAAAAUGUACCGAAGAAAGCAGCUGCAAGGGAAAUUAUCCCAGAAGCAUUGGUAUUAGGAAUUAUGUAUCUAAUUCUGGUGACAAUAAUAGUAGACUUUUAGACACAGAAAAAGUGACAAUCCGUAGACCAAGUGAUGUAAGCUCUUGUAGUCGUGAUAAAGUGGAUAAUGAUUCAGACUUCUUUUCUGAAGCUGCUUCAUGUAAGGAUGUUAGAGACUCUCAAAAUUCUAUAAAACUUACAAUUUCUGGUGAUUGUCAGAAUUCCUCACAAACUGAGAAAGAUGAAUCUCAGCAUCAGAGCAACAGGAACAAAGUCGGUUGUGAAAGUUUAAGUCAAAGUAAAAGUUUUUCCUGCCAGAACCAAGGUCAGAGUUAUUCCAACCAUAGUCAAGAUAAGAGUUUUUCCAACCAAAGCCAAGUUCAAAGUUGUUACUACCAGAGUCAAGGUCAGAGCUGCUCUCACAAAAACCAAAGUCAAACCCUAUCCAGCUUUAGCCACGUUCAGACAUGUUCUUGCCAAUGUCAGAGCUUUCCUAGAAAAAACCAAGGUCAAACUUUCAUCAACAAGAGUCUAAGUCAUUGUGGGGCUCAACAUUGUUUGCAUAUUAAUAGCUGUAAGAGUCUAAAUAGUAGCUCAAACAGUUCAUGUUCCCAAAAUACUCUACAAUUUAACAUAGAAAAUGUGUGUACAUUAUCCCAAAAUACUUACAGUAAUUUAGGAGGUGGAUUUAUCCCGGAAAAUGAAGAGACCAGUGGCGAUCGUGUUGAUAUUCCGCAACUUUCGGGUCAGAAUGAUAGUGAUUUGCCUUCCACUACCAGUAGUAAUGUGGGAAGCAGUGCAAAUACUUCUAGUUCUAUGUCAGAGAAAGAAGUUGAAUCUAUAUUACAAAUCAGAAAAAGUGCAACUGAGAUACUUAUGGCUAGCAGUAGAUUGUUGUACAAGAAAAGUGUCAAAAAAACUUUUGAAACCAGUGAAAGGCAAACACCAGUGGAAAUGCCAGUUGAAAAUGAAUCUCAACGGAAAAGGGCAUGGAAUAGGAACAGGGGUUCUACCACCAGUACAGAAACAUCUGAAGAUGGGAAAAAUGUGAAUAGAAAAUGCCCAUUUUAUAAGAAAAUACCAGACACUUGUAUGACAGUGGAUGCAUUCCGGUAUGGUAACAUUCCAGACUGUAAAGCUUAUAUUCUAUCUCACUUCCAUUAUGACCACUAUAUGGGACUGACAAAACAAUUCAAAAAUCCUAUAUACUGUAGCAAGAUUACUGGAAACCUUGUAAGGAAGAAGAUAGGUGUGGAUUCACAAUAUGUAAACAGCAUCCCCCUUAAUACACCUACUGUGGUAGAAAAUGUUGAGAUUACAUUUUUAGAAGCAAAUCACUGCCCAGGUGCUGUUUUGAUACUCUUCAAAUUGAAGUCAGGAAAAGUGUUCCUACACACAGGAGACUUCAGGGCUAGUCAGGACAUGGAGAAUUAUCCACCAUUACAGAAUAUAAGGAUACAUAGUCUUUAUCUUGAUACAACGUAUGCUGUUCUCAGAUUUUUAAUUAUCAAUUUAGAAGGAAAAAAAGUAUAUUAUUGAAAACGUAGAAAAAAAUAAUGAGUUAUAAGUAAUGAUGUAUUCUAAAUGUUUUAAAGUCCUAUCACAAACAUGGUUCAUAAGUUGUGUGCAGGGUUUUUACCUAAAUGUUGAGCCUUCUGCAAGUUUGUAUACAAGACAACUAAUUGUUGUUACAGUACCUCCAGUAUACUCUCAAUUGUUAUGAGUAUGAAUCCUGGCAAAAAGUUUGAAUUACCUCACUCGAGGCAGUUAUCUGACUCACUCGAAGGUUAAUGGUAGUCUGGAUUACCUGCACCUGUUACCAUGUUAUUGUAGGCAGAGAACCAGACUCAGGUUAAUGGUUCUCUUUUUUGUUCCUUCAA